GCGGAAAAAGGUGAUAAGGUACUUUCCACACCAGACUACCUUUGGUAGCAGUAGAGCCGCAUAGAACGGUUAAAAAGGUUCUUUCCGCAUCAUAAUGGCCUUGGUAGCAGUAGAUCAGCGUAGAACUUUAAAACGGCCAGGAAACAAUCUCCUUCGCACUGUACUUAACAGCUGCCUGGAGACGAUGGGUUCCGCCAACCGCUUUGACUUGAUAGAGGAUAUGUCCGGCCCGGGUGUGUACGUUACAGACAUUUCCGAGCGUGACGUUCCAAGCUAUGGUAGCACUAGUCCGGCUAGCUCUAUGGCGCCGUACCGGGAGUGCUGUUCAAACAGUCCUACUGGCGGAAGGCACGAUGCGAGGACGGUGGGUUCGAGCUGUCCCAAAGGCCAACAACGCAGCGGCGACGGGCGUGGCAAUGGUGCAGGUGAUGAUGGUGGUGAUGAUAGUGACGCUGGAUUUGGCCCUGGUUGGGGUUUGGUGGAGGAGCAAAAGGAGGAAAUGCUGGAUUCAGGCUACUUCAGAGAGCAACAAGGCGGCAGUGGUGGUCGUGGCAGAGGUACAGGUCGUAAUGGUGUCGGUGGCGACGGUGGGUUGGAAGGUUGGAACUCUGCCGCCAUUCCAGGCACACCAGAUCUUCUUAAUGUCACCCCAGCCGACACGCCCUCCCCAUCGAACAGGGAGAGAGGCCCUGGUCGGAAUUCGGGGGAGGAACGACUGGAGACGAUGGUUGAUUCGAACCGUGUUAUAGGACAACAACGCGGCGGCGGUGGGCGUGGCAGGGGUGCAGGUCGUAAUGGUGUCGCUGGUGACUGUGGUUUGGGAAGUCGGAGCUCUGGCCCCAUUGAAGGCACAGCAGAUCUGCCUAAUGCGGCCCCAGCAAACAUCCUCUCUCCAUCGAACAGAGGGAGAGGCCGUGGUCGGAAUUCGGGGGAGGAACGACUGGAGACGAUGGAGGAUUCGAGCCGUGUUAUAGGACAACAACGAGGCGGCGGUGGGCGUGGCAGGGGUGCAGGUCGUAAUGGUGUCGGUGCUGACGGCGGUUUGGGAAGUCGGAGCUCUGCCCCCAUUGAAGGCACAGCAGAUCUGCCUAAUGCGGCCCCAGCCGACAUGCGCUCUCCAUCGAACAGGGGGAGAGGCCCUGGUCAGAAUUCGGGGGAGGAACGACUGGAGACGAUGGUGGAUUCGAACCAUCGUAGAGGGCAACAGCGCGACGGCGGCGGCGGCGGCGGCGGCCAUGGCAGUGGUGCAGGUGGUGAUGAUGGUGAUGGCGGAUUCAGCCCUGGUCGGAACUCGGAGGACAAACGGAAUGACAGGAUGAUGGACCCGGACCACCCCAGAGGGCAACAACGCGGCGGCGGCAGCAGUGGUAGGACUGCAGGCCGUAAUGGUGGUAGUGGUGGCGGCGAUGUUGGAAGUUGGGACUCUGCCGCCGCCACUGAAGGCACUUCAGCUCUUCCUAACGCAGACGCAGGCAAGACGUUCUUCGCAUCGGACAGGAACAGAUGCCCUCGCCUGAAUCCAGGGCAGGCGAGCAGGGAACCGUUGACGGAUUCAGGCCAUCGAAGAGGACAUCAACGCGGCGGGGGCGGCCGUGGUACUAGUGCGCAUGCUCGUGGUGGUGAUGGUGGUGAUGGUCGAUUCGUCCCUGGUUGGAGUUCGGAGGAGCAGCGGAAGGAGAGGUUUAUGGAUUCGAACUGCCCGGUCGACCGCGGCCGCGGCCGCGGCCGUAACCGGGGUGCAGGUCGUAAUAUUGGUGGUAGUCAAGGUGGUUUGGGAAGUUCGGAUGCUGCCGCCAGCCAAGGCACUCCAGAUCCGCCUGAUGCGGCCGCAGCUGACACGUUUUGUCUAUCGGACGGGGGCAGAGGCCCUCACCGGAAGGCGGGGAACCAGCGAAGGGAGAGGACGAGGGAUUCGGACGAUUCCGGUGGAGAACAACGUGGCGGCAGCGGCCGUGGCAGCGGGGCAGGUGGUUACGGUUGUGGUGGAGACGGUGAAAUCGCCAGUGGCUUGACUUUGGAGGACGAGAGAAGUGAGAGGAUGGUUGACUCAGGUCGCCCCAGAGGACAACAACGCAGCAGCAAGGGCCAUGGCAGUGGUGCAGGUGGUGGCGGUGGUGAUGAAUUCGGUCGUGGUUGGAAUGCGGAGGAGGAGAGGAUGGUGCCUUCAGACCUCCCAAGUGGACAACAAUGCAGCGAUGGGGGCCAGGACAGUGGUGCAGGUAGUGGUGGUGGCGAUGAAUUCGGUCGUGGUUGGAACUCGGAGGAGGAGAGUAUGGUGGAUUCGGACCAUCCCAGAGGACAACAACGCCGCGGUGGUGGCCAUGGUGGUGGUGCAGGUGGUGGUGCAGGUGGUUAUGCGGGUAGUAGUGACGGUGGAUUCGGACCUGGUUGCAGUACGGAGGAGGCGCGAAAGGAGGGGAAGAUGGAUUCGGAUCGCCGCAGACGGCAGCAACGCAGCGUCGGUGGCCGUCGCAGGGGUGCAGGUCGUAACGGUGGUGGUGGUGGGGGUAGUUCGGGAAGUUGGGAUUCUGCAGCCUGUGCAUGCCCUUCAGAUCCGGCUACGCCCGACCCUUUGGACAGAUGUCCUCGCCGAAAUGCAGGGGAGGGGCGAAAGGAGACGAUGAGCGAUAUGGACAGUUCCAGCGGAGAACAAUACGGCCGCCCCUGUCGUGGCAAAGCCGGUGCUGAAGUGAUCAAACUGCGCGCCCUUGGGCGCACAGCCCAUCUUUGGGACCUGUAUGAUUUAUCCACCGACACUUUCUGCCAAAACCCCUACGGCGAGAACAUCAAAGCCUUGUCGACGGACCGAGUCGGGCAGGUUUCGAAGGCCUGUCCAUCUCUUAACGUGAGCCACGUGCUCGAUGAUUCUCCAUCGAUAAGGUUCCAAACCCUGGGUGUCAGCUCUCAGCUCAAGCUGAGCAUACUUGGCGGUCUGUUCUGUCCGCAGGGAACGGGGUCAUACCUUGUAGAUAGAACCACGGGUGGAGGCGGAGAGCCGGGGGCCGUCAAGGCGACUCUCUUCUGCCAGGUCAUCGCAGGCGAACACCACUUGGAGCUGUCCUCCGGCUCAUCUCAACAACUGUCGAAGGAGAUCGAGGCCGUCCUCAGCAGUAAUCAGCCGGAGACGGCGUGGGCCACGCAUUUUGUCAGUCGAAUCGUGUUCGGGGCUACCCUCGUGGUGUCCGUCACCUCGUUCAACGCCUUCCAGGGAUUCCCUUCAGAGAAUCAAGGGCAGGCCGUCCCCGUCAUCAUCUACCUGUCUCGAUUAUCGGAUGUGCUGCUCUCAGAGAGCGCCGUCAGACUGCUGAAGUGGGAUGGUUCAUCGCUACUGCUGCAUCCGGACGAAGACACCAUCGCUGGAACUGAGCGGCUUCUCCAGGAGGUUCAUCACAUCCAGGGAGAGGUGGACUCCCUCCUCUACGACACGGACUCCGCCAUCCGUUCUCGUGGCAACCAUUUGAUCAUUAUGUCAGACAUCUAUCGUCUGCAGGAGCUCAAGGAAAGACUCUCAACCAGCCUGGAGGAACUCAUUGAGCGGGUGGGUCGCAUGACAGUCUGCAUUCGGCGAUCGCAGGGAAGGGAGGACUCGAGUGGAAUGAGGUCGAUGCUGGAGAACUUCCGAUGCAAGUGGCUGUCAGAUAGCCCGCGCGAUCAGGUGGCGACAGCAAGGGCUUCUUUCGAGAAGAGGAUGUCGUUCUUCAAUGAGCUCCAAUGCAACGGCAUCACCUUCACCGCCACGUUGGACUACGAUGCACAGAUGGCCGAAUGCAACAUAUUAUCAGGACACACGGACGACAGCGUUUACAUUCUGGUGCAUCAUCAAGAUGCGCCACAUGCCGAGCUUUGGCGAAAGCACAUGGACAUGCUCAAGCGUGUCGUGGACGAGAGCAAGAGUGGCCACGUCGUCAGUAAUCGCGAAUGCCAUGGCGACCACGGUGAAAGAGGGCUAAGGGGGUUCAAGUCGCGUCCCCCAGGUAUGGCCCGGGGAAGCGAAGGCAGGAAAAUGGCUUCUGCUCCUUUCUUUUACUACUUGGAGCUUCAACGGGAGGAUUCUCACGAUGGACGUCGACAGGUGCCCGACAAAGCAGCUCGCCUGCCAAGGACUGUGAUAAGGUUCUAUCAGAGGUGCAGACUGGUGCACGAGGACUGUGCACAACAUAUGGACACAAUUGGCACACUCUGCCUCGUCAGAUGCGAGGAGAUUCAGAAGCUCCCCAACGAGGAGACGAGUGGCAGCAGGGACGGUCCUCAGAAGAGGACUACACCCCUUCAGAUCAAAUGUCCUGGAGCCGUGUACGGGGAGUGCGCUUCAACAAUCCAAUACUGGUACUGCGACAGGUGUUACGUUCAAGUGGAGUACGAUUGGCAUGGUUAUGUGUCCUGCUAUUGCGGACGGGCUCCUCUCCGGUCUCUCUGUUAUUUAUGUCGCCACCCCAAACACCGUCACGAGUAUAUGUGCUACAGCCCAAUGGACGACCUGACCACUGACCUGAACAAGCUGGAGAUGCGCAAAGAGAUCAAUAUCCUUCUGCUAGGUGAGACCGGCGUGGGAAAGUCGACGUUCAUUAACGCCUUCGCCAACUAUCUAAACUUUGACGAUAUGCAGGUUGCCAAGGAGGACCUGCUGGCACUGAUACCAUCACAGUUUACGGUGUGCCAGGACAAUGACUACGCGGGAGUGCUGGUGUCCAUCGGCAAAAAGGACGCCAACGAGGAGGAAAGUCCAGGCAAGUCCUGCACCCAAUCCUGCAAAGCCUAUGUGUUCAAUUACGGGGAGUAUGUGGUACGCCUGAUCGACACUCCAGGGGUCGGGGACACUGGCGGCAUAGGGCAGGACAAGAAGAACUUUGACAACAUCUUACGGUUCCUAAGCCAUCACAAGCUGAUCCACAGCAUAUGCAUCCUGCUCAAGCCGAACAAUGCAAGGCUGAACGUUUUGUUCCGCUUCUGCAUCAUGGAGUUGUUGUGCCACAUCCAUAAGAGUGCGAAGGACAAUAUUGUCUUCCUGUUCACAAACGCCCGCUCCACGUUCUAUCGACCCGGAGACACGAUGCCGCCACUGAUGGAGAUGCUCAAGAAGGUCCGCCACUCGCCUCCCAACGUUGACAUCCAGCUGGGGAAGAGGACAAUCUACAGCUUGGACAACGAAUCCUUUCGCUUCCUGGCAGCUGUCAAAAAGGGUGUGAGAUUUAGUGACAAGCAGACAGCGGACUUUGCAAAGAGCUGGAAGUGGUCGGUCAGCGAAUGCAGGCGUCUCAUCGAUCACAUCUUGAGUCUCCCUCCGCACAAAGUGCAGGACACCGUCUCCAUCAACGAGGCCCGUCGUCUCAUAUUGGGAUUAGCGAGGCCUCUUGGCGACAUUAGCAAGGUCAUCCAGAUAAACAAGAACCUGAUCGAGGACAAGAUGAGCGAAGACGUGUCUGACAUCAAUCACAUCGAGGAUCUCAAGAAGAAAUUGUUUGUACCAUCCGUCGAUCUGGAGUACCGCGAGCUCACACAGCCGCACACGGUAUGUGCGGCUGAUAGCUGUCGAGAAAUCAUCACAGUUGGCGGUCUGUCGAAGAUCGAUUACCAGACGCGCUGCCAUGAGCCCUGCUUCUUGGUGAAUGUGGGUGUCGAAACGCUGAACAACCCCUCGAUAAGGAGCUGCUAUGCAAUCCAGUCCGAUGGGAAGUGUCGCAGUUGCGGCUGUGGAUGGGAAGUUCACAUGCACGAUAGGAUCAAGACCGUGGAAGAUGCAAGAGCAAAGCAUCGGAGGGUCAUUCAGGAGAUGGAGGACAAGUUGAAGAGAUUGGAUGAAGAACAACAAACCAUAUCCAGGACCCUCGCAAGGUUCGCUGUAUUCCUUAAGGCCAAUGCCAUUACGCCUUACAACGACUCCACGCUCGAGUACCUGGGCCAUCUGAUUGACGAAGAGACAACUCUUCGGGACGCUGGAAAGGGCAACUCCGAGAUUCUCAACGGACUGGUAAAGCUAAGGCAAGACUACGAGGAGGAGGUCAGGAUCCUCACCACAGCCAUGAACGAUCCGUCAGGAGCAUCUGCUCCGAGCACCUUCAUCACUCCGGAGCAGAUCAAGAGCAGUGUACAAGAUUUAUUUGCGCUGGAGGUCAAUGGCUCGAACAUCGAGAAGGCCGUGGAGGAACUGGAGAAGGCCCGUGUAGCGCAUUUUGCCUACAUGGAAACAGUGGUCAGGAUGCGGGGUUUGGGGCCGAAGAAACCGUACCGCGGGGCACAUGAGCAGCUAGUGCAGACACGUUACAGUUUACAUACUGUCGGCCAACAGGGAGGAAGCACAAGCAGACAAGGCCGAGCGAUGGAAGGGCAAGCUGGCGCAGGAGGAACACGUGGCGGGCUCAGCCACAUGGAUGGUCUGGGAGGAGGCAAUUAUCGGUACCAUGAAAACCCCGUCGGCUAUGACGGGCAAGGUGACGACUCUGGCAUGUACCGAUGGCCCACAGGCGGUUCCAGUCAAGGUGGCCAUCAUCGAUGCGAUUACGAGGGGGAAUUCGUCGCCUACGGGAAAAGCGCGGCUUAUAGGGAUGAAUGGCAUGGGCAAGGCAGCAGGGAGUGGUCAGAUAUCUAUGGCGAUAGUGGCGGCGGCUUUAACCAAGAUGUUGAUAGACGAAAUGCUGAGUACAGGAACUGCGCCUAGUGGCAGCCGCUUUGAUCAAGACGUUGAUAGACGAGAGGCUAAGCACAGGAAUGGUGCCUAUGGACUCAGUGGCGGCGGCUUUAAUCAAGAUGUUGAUAGCCG